AUGCCCGCUGGCUACUCAAGGAUUCUUUUCCAGGACGACUUCUCAACCCAGGCGCCCGGAUCGCCUCCGUCGCCGGCCAAGUGGGCAGUCCAGGCCGGCACGGGGUAUGCCAACGGGCCGGAAUCAUGGGGCACACACGAGGUGCAGAGCUACGGCAACUCGCGGGACAACCUGCGGGUGACGGCGGCCGGGACGCUGCUCAUCACGCCCGUCAACAACGGCGGCAGCUGGACGUCGGCGCGGAUAGAGACGGCGUCGGGGAUCACGCUGGCGUGCGCCGCGGGGGCCAAGCUGCGCAUCGAGGCGUCGCUGCGGUUCGGGGCGGCGCCGGCGUGGCAGCAGAUGGGCAUCUGGCCGUCGUUCUGGGCCGUGGGGUCGGACCUGCGGCGGCGGCCCAACGAGAUGUGGCCGAGCGCGGGCGAGGUCGACAUCGCCGAGAGCAUCAACGGGGUGCCGACGGUGUGGCACACGCUGCACUGCGGCACCGCGCCGGCCGGGCCGUGCGACGAGUUCGCGGGCAUCUCCAGCACGGCGCCCUUCUCGCGCGGCGACUUCCACACCGUCGCCGUCGAGAUCGACCGCACCAACCCCGGCGGCGACUGGCGCGGCGAGACCCUGACGUGGUAUGUCGACGGGGCCGUCACGGCCACCGUCGCCGGGACGCGCGUCAACGACGAGGCCGCCUGGACGGCCGUCACGCGCAACCCAAAGUUCCUCAUCCUCAACGUCGCCAUCGGAGGCGACUUCCCCGACAAUGUCGCAAACGACGCGCACGUCCACACGCCGACGCCGCAGACCGCCGGAGGGGCCGGCGCGUCGCUGGAAGUGAACUACGUUGCCGUGUUCAGCACGUAA